GCACAGGGACCUCUUGAAGCAAAGACCAGAAGAGAUGGAGCUGGACAGAGCUGUGAGGGUCCUGGGCCCUGCCACCCUGCUGCUCACUUUCCUGGGCUUGGCCUGGGCUGUCCAGGCGGCAGACACCUGUCCAGAGGUGAAGGUGGUGGGCCUGGAGGGCUCUGACAAGCUCACCAUUCUCCGAGGCUGCCCGGGGCUGCCCGGGGCCCCUGGGCCCAAGGGAGAGGCAGGCAUCAAUGGAAAGAGAGGAGAACGCGGCCCCCCUGGACCUCCUGGAAAGGCAGGACCACCUGGGUCCAACGGAGCAUCUGGGGAGCCCCAGCCAUGCCUGACAGGCCCACACACCUGCAAGGACCUGUUAAACCGAGGGCACUUCCUGAGCGGCUGGUACACCAUCUACCUGCCUGACUGCCGGCCCCUGACUGUGCUCUGUGACAUGGACAUGGACGGAGGGGGCUGGACCGUUUUCCAGCGGAGGGUGGACGGCUCCGUGGACUUCUACCGGGACUGGGCCGCGUACAAGCAGGGCUUCGGCAGUCAGCUCGGGGAGUUCUGGCUGGGGAACGACAAUAUCCACGCCCUGACCGCCCGGGGAACCAGCGAGCUCCGUGUAGACCUGGUGGACUUUGAGGACAACCACCAGUUUGCUAAGUACAGAUCAUUCAAGGUGGCCGACGAGAAGGAGAAGUACAAUCUGGUCCUGGGGGCCUUUGUGGAGGGCAGUGCGGGUGAUUCCCUGACAUCCCACAACAACCACUCCUUCUCCACCAAAGACCAGGACAAUGACCUUAACACCGGAAAUUGUGCUGUGAUGUAUCAGGGAGCUUGGUGGUAUAGAACCUGCCAUGUGUCAAACCUGAAUGGUCGCUACCUCAGGGGGGCUCACGACAGCUUUGCAAAUGGCAUCAACUGGAAGUCGGGGAAAGGAUACAAUUACAGCUACAAGGUGUCAGAGAUGAAGGUGCGACCUGCCUAGCCCAGGCCGGCCUCAGGGUCAGGACGCCUCCACACAUAGUUGGUGGGGGGUAGGGUUGGGAGCUUGGCCCUAGGGUUUGUAAAAGAAACACAUGUCGUGAUUCUAAAUUGCGUUUGUCUUGCUGUGCGGAAGAGGUUCAAAUCCUGCUCUGUUUCCACAAUUGGCCCUUCCAGAUUUGUGACAUUAACUCAUCUCAAACCUCUGUCUUUCCUUGGCAAUGAGUAAGAAUAUGUUUCUGACCAUGCCAGCAGGAACCUUCCUUAAGAACAAAUAUAAGACUUUGACGCUGUGAUGGGAUCAGAGUGCAGCCCUGCUCGGGUCCCUGGGCAGGCUAAAUGCUCGACCAUCUGGGUUUCUCUGUGAGCUGGAUGGUGGGGAAGUGAGAAGGCGCAUUGGAGAGGAGGUUUCUCCUGCACUCAGAGAUGCUGUUGCCUGUCCAAGGCCCCCAGCCUCCCAGCCGCAGCUCUGCCCACUCACCCCCAUCACCCAGGCUUCCUGUCGCCCGCUCUGUUGGGUAUUCGUGGGACCUGCUCGCUACUUCCUCACAAGCCAAAGCAGGAGUGUGCCUGUGACUCCCUUAUCAAAACGGAGAGAGCGGUUACAUAAGGCAGGUGCGAGGGACCCGAGCACUCCUGAGGCGGGAAGAAUCCUCCUUUUGGCCAUGAGUGUCCAGCCCAAAGUUGCUCUGCAGCUGAGCCCAGUGCAGUUAGAAUCAGGAAGCCAAGGGCCCUUCCACCUGCUUGUCUAGGGCAAGCCGCCUGCAAGAGAGCAAAGUGCAUUAGCACAGGAGUUUGUAUCUGGUGAGGACGGCACCUGGCCUUCUCCUCUUGCCACCUCCUGGUCCCCCUGAGGACCCAUCCCCUGUCCCCAGUCCCCGGCCAGCUCAGCCUGAUGAGGCUUUUGGAGGCUCCGCACCCCAGCAUCGGCCAGUGCUGACCCUUGUCCGGCUGUUUGGGUCCCUGCUCCCUCUCAUAACAGCCCAGCCCCUGUCCUAUACCCUCUACUCAGAGAGGAUCCAGAAGGGUCCAAGGAGGCCAUGAUCCCUCCCUGAGCUUUUUAAUGUGGGCCCCCUCCUUCCCCUACAAGGGUCCCUCCUGGGUCUUAGCUGGUCUAAGCCCCACGCAAGUCAUGGGGAGGGCUGAGCGUCUGGGACUUCUGGGGGAUGUGCACCGUUUCCUCUGAGUUCCUGGAGGGUGUGCACCAUGAAGAUCAGGACGCAGCUCCGGCCUCACCCUCCGUGAGCCAUCCCCACCUUCCCUCCUCACUCUGGGUUCAAGGCCUGGGAUGAGCCAGGACAGGGGGAAGCAGGGACAGCCCUGGGCAUGGCCCUUCCUUCCUGGGCCCGCAGGAGGGGGCCACACCACCCACCCAGGGGGCUGACCCGUCCUCAGGACAGAAACUAGCAAGCUGUCAAACCUGAGGGUUUAUAACUAAAUGAUGGGGUGCUGCCCCAGGAAAUUACACCCAGACGUCUCUUUUCUCAUAGACCUGGGUCCCUAGCUUUUAGACAGGAUGACACAUCAUUGACAGGUACUGACUUUACAUGCAUUGCAGCCUCAUACUUCAGCCAUUCAGUGCUAGGCGGUCUUCUAGGGCAGCAAAGAGCUCAGCCACACACCCUGGGCCACAGUCACGAUGAGACCUCCCCUCAGUGCUGUCCACCCCCCAUUCUGGGCAUUUCAAUCUCCAAUAGGAGACUGAAAUGAGGAAAACAUGCACCUCACUCAACUGUAAAGGGAGGAACUGGGAAUUCCUCUCAAAUCUUGACCCUCGAGUUCUAGAAACGGGGUCCUCUCUGGAAUCUAUGAUGGCAUUAUUCUGGAAGGCUAAAAUAAAGCUAUUAAAUAAAGAAAUAUUUUUAGCCUGA